CCAAAAAGGAAGCGCAUGGAGAUAAAUUACGCCUCCUCCAGCUCCCAAAACCUCGUUCUUGCUGCAGCGGACUGUUCUCCUCCUCCUCCUUCUUCUUCCGGCUCGAUGGCCACGACUCGGCCUGUUAAGAUUAUUCCCUUGCAACAUCCAUCGGACACGGCGUCGUAUUCCUCGUCUUCUUCUUAUAUGAAACAGUCUGCGGUCAACUCGGUCGUGGAGAAAUGGAAGACGAAGGUGAAGCGGAUGACGUGGACGGAGUGGAUCGAGACGUUCCUUCCUUGUUACCGUUGGAUUCGAACCUACAAAUGGCGCGAAUAUCUGCAAAUCGAUCUCAUGGCUGGCCUCACAGUCGGCAUCAUGCUCGUUCCUCAGUCAAUGUCUUAUGCAAAGCUUGCCGGGCUUCAGCCGAUAUAUGGACUUUACACUGGUUUCGUGCCUAUAUUUGUAUAUGCUAUAUUCGGAUCGUCGCGCCAGCUUGCUAUUGGCCCAGUUGCAUUAGUUUCCCUUCUGGUUUCAAAUGUCUUGGGUCGCAUAGUGGACUCCUCAGAGGAGUUAUACACAGAGCUUGCCAUAUUGCUGGCACUAAUGGUUGGUAUAUUGGAAUGCAUAAUGGGUCUCUUAAGACUUGGAUGGCUAAUUCGUUUCAUCAGUCACUCUGUGAUUUCUGGUUUUACAACUGCUUCGGCCUUUGUUAUUGCCCUGUCUCAAGUGAAAUACUUUUUGGGAUACGACAUAGAACGUAGUAGCAAAAUUAUUCCGCUGGUUAAGAGUAUAAUUGCAGGAGCAGAUAAGUUUUUGUGGCCACCAUUUGUGAUGGGCUCGGUCAUGCUUGCAAUUUUGCUGAUCAUGAAGGCAAUGGGGAAAAGAAAGCACUUGAGAUUUCUGCGAGCUGCUGGUCCUCUUACCGCUGUAGUUCUUGGUACAACCUUUGUGAAAAUCUAUCACCCAUCUUCAAUUUCAUUGGUUGGUGACAUACCUCAAGGGCUGCCAAAGUUCUCCAUUCCCAAGGAAUUUGGGCAUGUUACAUCACUAAUUCCUACUGCCAUUCUAAUUACUGGUGUGGCUAUUUUGGAAUCUGUGGGGAUAGCCAAAGCUCUGGCGGCGAAGAAUGGAUAUGAAUUAGAUUCAAAUCAAGAGUUGUUUGGACUCGGUGUGGCCAAUAUUGUUGGUUCAUUCUUCUCUAUAUACCCAACAACAGGUUCAUUUUCUAGAUCUGCUGUAAAUCAUGAAAGUGGAGCAAAAACUGGCUUAUCUGGCAUAGUGAUGGGUAUAAUAAUGGGAUGUGCUCUUCUAUUCAUGACUCCACUAUUCGAAUACAUACCCCAGUGCGUGCUGGCUGCUAUUGUCAUUUCUGCUGUGAUAGGGCUGGUGGAUUAUGACGAGGCUGUUUUCUUGUGGCAUGUAGAUAAGAAGGAUUUUCUCCUCUGGAUGAUUACCUGCAUAACUACCUUGUUCCUUGGCAUUGAGAUUGGUGUCCUUGUGGGUGUUGGUGCUUCACUGGCUUUUGUCAUUCAUGAAUCAGCAAACCCACAUGUUGCUGUUUUGGGUCGUCUUCCUGGAACCACCGUCUAUAGAAACAUUGAACAGUAUCCAGAAGCAUAUACAUACAAUGGGAUAGUCAUUGUUCGUGUUGAUUCUCCUAUUUAUUUUGCAAAUAUAAGUUACAUAAAAGACAGGCUUCGUGAAUAUGAAUAUGAGAUUGAUGUUUCUACCAGCCGUGGACCUGAAGUUGAAAGAAUUUAUUUUGUGAUCAUUGAGAUGGCACCCGUCACGUAUAUAGACUCCAGUGCAGUCCAAGCUUUGAAAGACUUGUAUCAAGAAUACAAGUCGAGGAAUAUUCAGGUUGCCAUCUCCAAUCCAAACCGGGACGUUUUGCUGACUCUCACAAGAUCUGGUCUUGUUGAUCUGAUUGGCAAAGAGUGGUAUUUUGUUAGAGUCCAUGAUGCGGUUCAAGUUUGCCUUCAGCAUGUGCAGAAUCUGAAUGGAGCUCAUAAGAAAUCAUCAGAAUCCUUGGUGGACGACAGACCAAGCUUUCUGAGAAGACUAAUGAAACAGAGAGCAGAAGAGUUCUCUAGCACUGAUCUGGAGACGGGUCAUAAAAGUACACUUGGUUCCAAAGAUUCAGACUCUCAACUGGAACCACUUUUAUUCAGGAAGUGAUGAAGAUCCUAGGCUCUGCCAACUAGGCCAACCUUAUGCGGGCCAACCUAGGACAUGGACCUUCUCUACAUAACCAUUUGCCCAGUCCAGCAUCUUUUAUGAGAGCAGUCUGUUUCUGUGCCCUUCAUUUUUCCUUUUUUGCCGGGGAUAGAAGGGGAAUUGAAGUCUGCGGGUUCUGUAGCUAAUUGUUGUAUGUAUGUAUAUCCAUUCAUUCCCAGCAUGUCUGGCUUGAUUGAUUUAUUGUAAGUAGGUUUUUAGUUGUAAAAUACACUUAACAGAGUAUUCAAAUCGGAAAUCCAUUCCAUUCCCUUGUCAUUUCA